GCUGCUUCUGUGCACGUCAGAAAGAGGCGGGAAACUCAAAGCACUUUUUUUAAAUAUCUGGUGAAUACGCUCGUAUUUUAUACGAUGGAUAUAACGUCACAACGUUUUUAAAUGAUGAAGGGCAAACAAGGAGAAAGACACUUAAGGGUCACAGAUGACACAGUGAGAGGCAGGAUGGAUCAACUCUAAUGGAUUUCUGAUGUUUUGCCUGGGGUGGUUUGGAGUCACUGCGUUUGAGUUCAGAUUGUUGUUUCCUCUGCUGAUGGACAUUCAGUGGAGCAGGUCCAACAGAACCACACUGGUGCUGUGGAGACCAGGCAGUGUGACAGAGCUGAACUUUCUCAUUCAAGAGGCAUUCAAGCAGAUGGUAUCCAACUCACAAUGGUGGACGACAGCUAAUAAAAAGCUAUAUCAGAAUGUACGAAUGAGGUGUUGAAUCUUUAAACAUGGCCACCGCGCACCUCGUUGGAGAGACUCGUGCACGCUUCCAGAACAUGCGGGCCUGACGUCAGACGACGCUACAUCCUGUAAAAACCUCCACGAAACUCUUGGUUUGGGACAUUUUCAAGAUGUUGAACCCAGGUUGGCAGCAGAACCUUCGGGCACAAUGGUCAAUGUGACGCCCAGUACAGACCCACUGACGGCCCAUGAGGGGUACAACUACCUCGCCUUAAUAUGUGGCGUGCCUCUUAUCCUCAUCAUCAUAUUAGGGAACGUUCUAGUGUGCCUCAGCGUGCUAACAGAACGGUCCCUCAAGACCGCAACCAACUACUUUAUCGUCAGCUUGGCUGUGGCCGACCUCCUGCUGGCGGUGCUGGUUCUUCCGCUUUACGUCUACUCUGAGUUCUUGGGAGGCAUAUGGACACUGAGUAUGUAUAUCUGUGAUGCCCUAAUGACGAUGGACGUGAUGCUGUGCACAGCCUCAAUUUUGAACCUCUGUGCGAUUAGUGUUGACAGGUACAUAGCAGUAGUGGUUCCUCUAAAGUACAACAGAAACCAGUUUAGCAUUCGUCAGCUGGCUUUGAUAACAGCCACUUGGGUGCUCUCUCUGGUUGUCGCCAGUCCCGUCAUAUUUGGCUUAAACCAGGUGCCUAACAGAGACCCUAACGUGUGCAAACUAGAGGACAACCAGUUUGUGGUCUAUUCCUCCGUCUGCUCCUUCUUCGUACCCUGUCCGAUCAUGCUCCUCCUGUACUACUGGAUGUUCAGAGGUCUAAAGCGUUGGAGCUCCGGGCGUAGCCGCUCAAACUUCCGCCGGGCCCCCAGGGGGCGUACUAGCCUGUCGUUGAGGCUGGGAGCAGCUCUUCAGAAGGACAAGGGCGGAGUGAGGGAAAAGGUGGCGUACCUCAUGCCCGGAGGUCUCAGUCCUACGUCUCUGUCCACCACUCCGACUACUCCCGACUCCUUAACUAGUCCAGUUACCCUUACUACAGAAGAGCAGGGUCAGACCCCAGCGGCAGAAAGUGACCCCAUGACCACCCAGAUGGACAGUAUAUCUGAUGCGGAGAAUGCUGAGAGAAACACGGAUGAUGAAAGAGGGCGAGAGAACGGUGUGGGGAAGAACCAUCGGGGGCAUACGGGGCGACGCCAUAGCAAGAGCAACAGGGUGAGCGGACGAGAGCGGAAAGCUAUGAAGGUGUUGCCUGUAGUUGUGGGUGUUUUUCUCGCUUGCUGGACUCCCUUCUUUGUGGUCCAUGUAACUAAGGCACUGUGCAAGUCAUGUGACAUCGGGCCGACGCUGAUCAGCGUGGUCACGUGGUUGGGUUAUGUCAACAGCGCUGUCAACCCCAUCAUCUACACCGCAUUCAAUGUGGAGUUCAGGAAUGUCUUUUACAAACUGCUUUUUUGUCGCUCCUGAGGGUGAGCGGUCUUUCAGCUGUAUGGAAGAUAAGGAUUUUCACUACUCAUGACAAAAUACACAAAUCCACUUAAUGAAAGAUCAAACACAUUUUUGAUCUAAACACAAGGAAAGGAUUAAUCGAAAGAAAGAAGCCAAAUGUUAAUGGAUCUCUGGACAUGGACAGCACUGGAGAAUGAACCAUUGAAGAAAACUGAUGCCUUAGUUCACUAAACUUUUCUUGUAAAAUCGUUUCGUGAAUACACCACUAACAAAUAAUAACAAUAUAACAAAAAACUCUUGAUUUCAUAGCCCAGAGGCAUAAAAAAUGUGAAAAUGUCCACACUGAGAAUAACAGUCAUGUGUAUUUGGUAUGUGAUUGGUGUCAGUGUUGAUUUCAUGAUAUUUAAAAUGGUCAUGUUCUUUCUUAUCCUAUUUCGAAGGUUUUUGAGAAUAGAUUUGCAGAUUACAGUCAGCUUUUUGUGAUGGUAUGGAAGCAAGAUGACACAUUUAGAUCAUUCGAUUGACCAGGUAAGAAAUUAAUAGGAGAUUUUUGUUUCUGUCUCAAAAAAGUUAUUUCACAUUUUUAAUCCAUGUUGGCGAAAAGCAUUUUAACUCAAGAUUGUAUGAUGAAAAAGCCUAAAAGAAUUUGUGGCGUAUAUUCUGAUUCAAUCGAAAUGGAAAGUCAAGCUGAGCUCCUUUGUAGUGUUUACUGUAUACUGCAUAUUUUGGAAAAUCUAGUGGGUCAUAUUGUAAUUUUAUGCAUACAGACAGUUUGGAUCAGUAUACUCAGCACACAGUCAUGAACACCGCCAUUGACUUGUAAUGGUGAGAUUUGUUAUUAUAAUACUGAUAAGUUAAAGCUUAAAGAAACCCUUUAUAACUAUGAGUAUGACUAUGACUGUGCGUUUAAAAACGAUUUUGCUUGUUGAGAACUAGCGCCAAAUUUAUCAAACUUAACAAUACAAAAUUUCUACACAGAGAACCUUUAUAUGUUAAUUUGAAAAAAGUGACUGAAGCAGUUUAGAAAAAGCUAUGUGGGUUCAGACAACUGAAGAAUGUGCCAACUCCUGGAGGUGUAUACAGUAUGAUUCCAAAUCCAAUGGAUGCCUUUUUCGUUCCGAGUGCCAGUUUUAUUCUUUUGCAGGUGUCAUUCUCAAAACAUGUAGAUGUGUAGCAUUAAGAAUCAUUGCAGUUGGGGAUUGUGGGUAUAUUCUGGAUGGCAUUAUAGUUAUUGUGCUUCUAAGAAUUGGUGUUGUAAAAAUGAGUAUUAAUGUUCUUGUGCAAUAUUAUUGGUGCAUCUGUCACUUUUUGGAGAUUUGUAUGUUUUUGUCCUGCCUAAACUGUACAAAUACAAAAAUAAACAUACAAAAUGUAGAGUA